GCUCAUACACAUAUAUUCUCACCCAUCUUCCCCUCUCUGUUUCUCUAAUUAGCUAGCAAUUCUCACAAAGUAUGUCUGGUGUUUGGGUUUUCAAGAACGGUGUGCUUCGCCUAGUUGAGAACCCAGCUGCUGAAUGCUCAAGUUCUCGUCGCAAAGUGCUAGUUCACUCUCCUAGCAAAGAGGUCAUUACAUCUUAUGCUGCUCUUGAGCGCAAGCUCUUGUCACUUGGUUGGGAAAGGUAUUACGACGACCCUGACCUCUUGCAGUUUCACAAAAGGUCCACUGUCCACCUCAUCUCUCUCCCAAAGGAUUUCAACAAGUUCAAGUCCAUGCACAUGUAUGAUAUCGUCGUGAAAAAUCGCAACAUGUUUGAAGUACAGGACAUGCAGUGCUAGUGCUAAUGGUGCUGAUGGUGCUAGCUAGCUUGUUAUUCAUGGUGUGCUAUAUAUAUAGCUCGUGUGUGUGUGUUAAUGUAAUUUCUUAAUUUGGAUCACUUGCUUGUUUGUUUGUGUUGCAAACUGUUUUUACUUUGAUAUUUGUCAGUCUAAUUUAGUUGGUCUAUGAUUUUACAUAUAUGGGUCCUUUUUCAGCUGAUGGAAUAGGUCAAGUUUGGUAGGGGAAGCUGAUUUAGUAUAAGGUUCUGGUUGGUGAGUAA